ACAGUUCUCUUAGCUUAACCUUUUACGAUUCUUAUUUCAUUCUACGGAAAAUAAUUAAUAUACGUUAUAAUACAUAUACACUCCGCCACAUUACUUUAAGACAUCGUAUAAAAUCAUACAAAUCCGUAUUAUAAGAAAUUUUCCGUUUUUACGUAUAUAGUGUCAUUAUUUACAUCCGGAGAUAUUCUUUAACACAAAGUUUUUAUUAAUAUUUCCAAGAAAUACAAAAAUAUAUGAAAAUAUCGUUUAUCAGUCGUGACAAAACUAUAAGACAUGUACUAUUUAGUGUAAAAAAAUAUCUUAUAGAUGUCUUAUAGUUUUGUCGCGGUGUGUACAUAUACGAUUUUUAAUUAAUACGAUAACUUUAUUGGUCAUAUGAUCGUAAAAACAUCGAUCACAAAAUCGAUUUCAAUUAUAAACGAAGUAAAACGUUUAAUCUUUUGUUUGACGCACGACCGACGUUUUCUAUUUUCAUGUAUUUGAUUAUCUUAUAAAUUUUGAGAAAAUUAUUAUCAAUAGGAAACAUGAUUUUAUAUGUCGUAGCCUAAUCGAACGAAUCUCACAUUAUGACACAAAAUAGGCUUAGAAGUCAUAAGGAAAUUAUUCUGAUGGAAAAUUUAAUUAACGAGUCUGAAAUCAGUCGUAUCGGAUGUAAUUCGAAAGUGUGCUUAAAGUUAAGGAAAACUAAGAAAUCGAAAUUGGGUUUAAGAAAAUGUCAUUCUGCUGCGAUUCCUCGUUACAAAACAUUAAAAGGAAGUACUGAUUACGAAACAUUAAAAAUACCGAAAAUACCACAACAGGUUUUUCGAAUCAUAAGUAUUUUACGGCACGAAAAAUUUUUGAAAAUGGUUACGUAUUACUUCCGAUCUUCGUUUAAAAAUCACGGGAAAGAUCGAUCAAAACCAUAA